AUGCCUUCAGAACAUUGGCUGGAAUUAGUAGAUUGUUGGAUGUGUCAUCAAGAAGAUUAUCAACAAGCACGAAUGAGUGACAUAAUUGUUAGAGAAAAUAUUGGGUUGGUUGGCAAUACAUAUUUCUUGAUUCAUCCUAAAGAUGUUAAAAGUGAUGCUGUUGAAAUCGAAGAACGAUUGGCCCAAGUGGAUUUUAGUAAGCAGGCAGUUUUUGUUGAGUUAGAAAGUGAUACUAAUGACGCAUUUAUAGCUGCCGACCUUUUUGAGGCGGCAAAAGCGCAUGCUACUUAUCGUUUUAUCAUUGAAGGACAAAAUUCGAAUCAAACUUACGCUUUAGUAAGAAUUUCAUGUUAA